AUGACCUUAAGGAGUGGGAAGGAAGUUCAAGGACCCGAACCCGUGAUUCCUAAAGAUAAGGACGAGGAACGGAUUAAGAAAGAAUUGGAAGAGGAGGGCACAGACAACAAAAAUGCAAAGGUAACCUCGAACCCAAUUCCUACAACUAAAACUAAUCCACCUCCCUUUCCUAGCAGGUUAGAGAAACCAAAGAAGCAAGACAAGGAAAAAGAGGUCUUGGAGAUUUUUCGCAAGGUGGAGAUCAACAUACCCCUGCUGGAUGCGAUUAAACAAGUACCCAGGUACGCAAAAUUUUUGAGGGACUUGUGUGCCAACCGCAAGCGGUUGAAGGGGGAUGAACGAGUUAUAGUUAGGGAGAAUGUUUCAGCAAUUCUACAAAGGAAACUUCCACCAAAAUGCGGAGAUCCAGGUAUGUUUACUAUUCCUUGUAGGAUAGGUAAUACUUUGAUUAGGAAGGCCAUGUUAGACCUGGGAGCCUCAAUUAAUGUCAUGCCAAAGUCCAUUUAUGCUUCCUUAAACUUAGGUAGACCCUUUUUGAGCACAGCCCGAACCAAAAUUGAUGAGGUUUUUGAAAUUGAAGGCAGGGAUGAACUAGAGGUCGUCCUGACCAGGCACUUUGAGUCCGAAACAACCUCUAGGGUAGAGUUGAGUGAAGAGCUUAAAUGCGUGAUUGGAUCGUUGCAAACGUUACCAACCACGAAGACAAGGUAUGAUCUUGCACCGAUUUUCAUACCCGAACCUCACCAAAGGUUACUUCCAUCUGUGGUGCAGGCACCUGUCUUGGAACUAAAACCACUGCCGAAACACCUAAAGUAUGUAUACUUAGGUGAAGGGGAGACACUUCCAGUGAUCAUCUCCGCGGGUUUAUCAAAGGUUCAAGAGGAUGGAUUUUCAGGUUAUUUUCAAAUUGCCAUCGCACCCGAGGACCAAGAGAAGACUACUUUCACCUGCCCAUUUGGAACAUUUGCAUACCGAAGGAUGCCAUUUGGAUUGUGUAAUGCACCUGCUACCUUUCAAAGAUGCAUGGUAAGUAUCUUUUCAGAAUAUGUUGAGAAGAUUAUUGAGGUUUUCAUGGACGAUUUUAGUGUAUAUGGUGAAAGUUUUGAAAACUGUCUAGAUAACCUGAAAUUGAUCUUAGUAAGGUUUAUUAUUUUUUCUGAUCAUGCAGCUUUGCGGUAUCUGUUGACCAAAAAAGAGGCAAAACCGCGAUUGGCAUGUGGAGGUCACUUUGGACCGAAGAGAACGGCUCGUAAGGUGCUAGAGAGUGGAUUCUAUUGGCCAACUCUAUUCAAGGAUGCCUACUCAUUUUGUAAGUCAUGUGAUAAGUGUCAAAGAGUGGGUAAUAUCUCUCGUAGGGAUCAAAUGACUCAAACCCCAAUGAUUUUUGUUGAAAUUUUUGACGUUUGGGGCAUUGAUUUUAUGGGUCCUUUUCCUUCAUCCUUUGGUUUUUUGUAUAUAUUGCUUGCUGUAGAUUAUGUUUCGAAGUGGGUAGAAGCAAAGGCCACCCGCACUAAUGAUUCCAAAGUAGUUGCAGAAUUCGUUAAGUCUAAUAUUUUUGUUCGCUUUGGGAUGCCGCGAGCAAUUGUAAGUGAUCGGGGUACUCAUUUCUGCAACAAAACGAUCGCUGCAAUUUUUAGGAGGUACGGUGUCUUGCACAAAGUCUCCACUUCUUACCAUCCUCAGACAAACGGUCAGGCGGAGGCAUCGAACCGAGAGAUCAAGUCAAUUUUGGAGAAGAUGGUUCGACCCGAUAGGAAGGAUUGGAGUAUAAGACUUGAAGAUGCCUUGUGGGCAUAUAGAACGGCGUACAAGACGCCAAUCGGCAUGUCCCCUUACCGUUUGGUAUUUGGGAAGCCAUGCCACCUCCCUGUCGAGUUCGAGCAUAGAGCAUUUUGGGCGGUCAAGCAAUGCAACAUGGAUAUCGAAGAGGGCGGAAUUCAAAGGAAACUGCAGUUACAAGAAUUGGAGGAGAUUCGCAAUGAAGCCUACGAGAAUGCUGUGAUUUAUAAGGAGAAAAACAAGAUUUUUCAUGACCAGCAGGUCUCUAGGAAGACGUUUGAAUGUGGACAAAAAGUUCUACUGUAUCACUCCAAAUUGAAGUUAUUUCCAGGUAAGCUACGUUCUCGUUGGAUUGGUCCCUUUGUGGUAACUAAUGUCUUUGAUUAUGGUGCAGUGGAGAUCCAGAGUCUAAGGACAGAGAAGAAAUUUGUGGUGAAUGGACAUCGUCUUAAGCCGUAUUAUGAAGGGGUUCCAGUUGAGCGGGUAGAGAUGAUGCAUUUGGAGGACCCAAUUUGCUUAGUUUAA